GGUGGGGCCGGCGGGGCCGUUGUGGGAGCGGGAGUGACCGGCUGGUGGCGAGUCCCGGCUGCCUCUCGCGAGCCCGCGGGGGGCGGACAGCGCAGCCCCCUGCUGAUGCCCGCUCAGCGGUGUGCGAUCUGAAGUGGUUGCCUGAGUCGGUGUCGGGCUUGACUGGGUGCGGCAUAGACGCCCCGCUGUUCUUAGCCCUGUGCCAACCGCAGAUAAUACAUAAAAAGAAAUGAUUGAGUCAGUCAAAUUAAGAAGACGGUGCAUGCUGGAUUUCUACUCACAUUAUGAACAUCUUUGUGAACUUCAAGGCUCUCUCCCACUGAAAGCUGUGAAGACUAAUGUGACUCGUGAUGCUGUUGAUCUAAUUGUAGAUCACAUCAAAGCUACUGAUUGGGCACCGCUUCUGAAUGCUCUCAGGCAUAAUAAGAGUUUGACUUCUAUCAGAAUAAGAAGUUUACAUCAACAUGGUCUUGAAGAAUCUGGUGUGGAAAGAUAUAAAACUCACUUUAGAAGGAGAAUUCCAGCAACUCUGCCAAAAGACUUGACUGGUCAACUAUGCAAAGCUGUGAAGGGCUGUCUCAGUAUAUCAGAUGUACUAAAAAAUUUAGAACUGCAGGGUUUGCUCCUGAGGGAAAGAGACCUAGCCCUUUUAACAAAGGGCUUGGCCACAGCUUCAUCUCUGGAAAGUGUCUCUUUAGCCCACUGUCCAAUUGGAGAUGGAGGGUUGGAAACAAUCUGUCAGAGUAUAAAGAAUACAGCAACUAUCAGAUUUGUAAACUUCACAGCAUGUAGCCUCACGUGGCGAGGGGCAGAACAUAUAGCAAAUGUAUUAAAGCACCAGGCAAUAAGAAGACAUGGUGAAGCUUGGGCUGAAAGCCUGCGUUACAGGAGACCUGACCUUGAAUAUAUGACAGGUUUGAGGCGGAUUACUUUGAAUUGCAACAUGCUUAUUGGAGAUAGAGGAGCAAGUGCCUUUGCAGACUGUCUCGGGGAAGACCUUUGGCUAAAAGCACUUGAUUUGCAGCAGUGUGGAAUAUCCAAUAAGGGAGCAAGGUCAUUAUUAGAUGCUCUGCAAACUAAUACAACAUUAGUGGUACUUGACAUAAGAAAAAAUCCAUUAAUUGGACAUGGUCUGAUGAAAAGCAUUAUUGAAAGAGUCCUUAAGAAUGGAAAGAGUGCUGAUUCAGAGUUUAAGUGGCUGCUGUCUCCGCCUUCCAAAGAUCCUUUGAAAACUAAGCCAAAGAAAAGAACUAUUGUCCUGGGAAGUGGUCGGAAAGGAAAAGCUACUAUUCGUAUUGGAUUAUCAUCUAAAAAAUCUGUAAGUCCUGGAAAAAAAAAUUCUACUGUGAGAGAGAGUUACUCACCAAAACCACUACCACCAGGCACAAGAGGCUUCCUUCCUUGGCGGACUGCAGAACGUGCAAAGAGAUGCAGAGGCGGGGCAGUGGAUUGUGCUGGAGAAUUGCCAGUGAAGAUUCAGACAGGUGUUCCUGUGAAAGUGACGCUAGAAAGUGCUUCUACAUCUGAAACUGAAGAUACAGAAGAUUUAGAGGAUGUUAUCCAGCAGCCUGAUUUGGCAAAAUCAUUAGAUAAGACUGAUGUAGCACAAUAUCAGCAGUUAGAGUUGGAGCUGGAAGAAUGCAUGGAAAAACUAAAGGAAGAACAGAAAGCUAGAGUAAAGGCUGAGGAACGAUUACUAGAGCUGGAAAUUGAAAAUGCAAGAUUAAGGAGUCUAAAUAUCUCCCUAUCCGAGGUUCUUCAUGCACAGUCAGUAACCAGCAUGAUUUUGGAAGAUGAAGGUGUUCUAGGCAGCAUUGAGAACUCUUUUCAAAAGUUUCAUGCUUUUUUAGACCUCCUUAAAGAUGCUGGGCUUGGACAACUUGCUGUAUUAGCUGGGAUAGACCAAUCAGAUUUUGGUAUUUUGGGGCAUCCACAAAUGAAUUCUAUUCUCAGUAAACCUGUGAACAUGGUAAAGGAGAAGUCUUUUGAAGAAGAAAGACAGGAACAUACCCAGAAUAGCAAAAACAGAGCUGGGGAUAUCCAACUUCCUCUUCCUGGCACAUUUCAAUCCCAGAUGGUUGUGAAUAAUGCCUUUUCAUCACUUAGAGAAAUAAGAGAACUUCAGGCUGCUGGACAGCAGUAUCAGCCAGGUUCGUGGAAGGAAAAUGAAGCUCAAACAAUUAACCAAAAUAAAGAGGAUAAGCCUCGAAGUAGUACUCCAGUAUUAUCUGAGAGGAGAGUCAAACAAAAUGAACAAGCAAAAGGACGUCACUCAGCAAGGCAGCUGGCUACCAGUCUGCAUUCAUUUACGGAUUCCAGUGAAAAAAGCAAAAGUGACGAUAGCAGAAUAUCCAGUGGUAUUCCUGGUGAAAAAAACAAAAAUUAUUCCUCUAAGAAAUACAUCCCUGUAGCAAAUGAAACAGCAAUUCCAAGUAAUGGAGCGAGAGGAGACAAAAGUAGACUGCAGAUAGUAAAUAUUAUCUCUGGAACUGAUACUGUAGGAUCUGGUUCUGAAAUACAGGAAAGUAUACAAAGUGUUUCCAGCAUUUGAAAUGAUUCUAAAAUGUUUGAACUGUUUUUUACACUUGCAGGAUUAGUUUUUGACGUCUAAAUUAGUAAAUUUUUUGUAAAGUUUUGUAGACUUUAUGACUUUUUAAAACAUUGCACUGCUCAGUAUUCCUGUUUCAUGUUUGCAUUCCUUGUCACUAGAUUUUUAGUUUUGAAAACACGUGAACUUAAAAUGGUACCCAUCAGUUUGUAUUACAUAUAAGGGACUCUUGACAUGUGGAUUUCAUUAUCACACAUUUUUAGCUAAUAAAGUUAAUUUGAGUAAAGUUUUUUCUAGUGGUAAUUUUUAGUGUAUUGCAGUGGGAGUGCAGAAGUUGUUUUGCAGCAAACAUAAAUUCCUGCAUAACAGUGUGUGCGCAUGAAAUUCUGAAAAUUGGGGGAAGUUUCAGACUCAAAAAUGAGCCCAGAAACAUGCCUGUAAGAAACCUUUAAAUACAACCAUCAUUAGUGCUAUGACUGCAGAUCAUAGAAUAGCACAUAUUGGAAGGGGCCUCUGGGGGAUAUGUAGUCUAACUCAGAUUGCUCUCAGGACCUAAAGAAAUGUGAGAAUGUAAAACUAAGAGAAUUACCAUUGUUUUAAAACUCCUGGGAUUUACCCCUGACGUCUUGGCCUUGUGCACAGGCAGAUGGUUUGCAGCUUCUGAGAUAGAAUAUACUUACACAUACAGGAACUAGGCAGGAUAAUUUAGGCCAAACUGGGGGGGGAACAGAAAGCCUGUAACUAUUUUUUACUUAGUAAUCUGCUAUGUGAUUUCUGGAACACUAGGAUCUGUAAAAAUUCCUGAUUUCAGCUGCUUGACAAAUACGAAAAAAACUCAUGAAUCCUCAAAUUCAAUCCUACAAGCAAAUAGCACAAGAUUACCUUAGUUGUUGCAAUAUUGCACAAGUAAUUGCACAAUGAAAGUAUGUUCUUUGUACAGACUUUGUCAUUUCAGGAUAUUAGAAGGUAAUAUAUUAAUCUGUUACUUUUUACAUAUUUUCCCAACUGCUUGUCUAAUUCUUCAGUCAUUCUUUUUUUAUGAUUUUGGUUUGACUGAAUAAUUACGUGCAACCUGUAUAUUCAGCAGUAAAAAGCUACCUAGUCCCUUUUUAAAAUCAAAAAUUCUAAAGCUAAUCACUGAGAAAUGCUGGAUAAAAUUAUAAAUUCAGAAGUGUUUUAUUUGUGAGGUUAGAAGUUAGGAAUCUGUUACUUGUCCCUAAAAAUACCAUGAAGAAUACAAUUUAUGUAUUACAUGCCCAAAAGCAGGUGAUACUAAUUACCUUUCAUGUUAAAUACUUGCUUUUCAAUAUUUGCAUUUAGAGUAUGAAUUAUGUAAAAAAUUAUCUGUUAAAACAAAAUUGACCAGGCAGUUUGCAAUUUUGUUUGCGUACAUUUUUUUUUAGUGGGCUAAUACUUCCCCCUUUUUUUCCUGUUAAAUCAGAAACAUGAAGGAUUCUUCAUGUUACUGGUGCUAUGGUAUUGCACUCUUACUGAAAGAAUCUGUAGUGCAUACCUUAUAUAUAGUUGGAUCUGAAAUUGACAGAGACAGUGGAUUGAAGCUACUAAGGGAUAAAUAUUCUUUUUAAGGCUAUCAUGAAUACUUCAGAAGUUUCAAGGUUUUUUUCUGACAGUUUAAAAACCCAUUUACGAAAAGUAUUUUACACAAAUAAACAUACAUUUUUAUAUAUAUUUAACAGUAUUCUAAUAAAAAGUAAAAAAAUAUCUUUGUUUUAAAUUAUUAGGAAACCAUUUUCUACCCUGACUCUGAAUAGAAACUCUUUCAUUCUCUUGCUGUUAAUGUUUUACGUAAUUGUCUGUGUUCUUGUUUGACAUAGAAGCCUGAAAUCAAUAGGCCAGCUAUUUGCUAGAGAACAUGUUACUGUUUACUCAUGAAGCUCAAUAUUUUUUUCUCUUU